AUGGCGAAGUCGGUCUGUUUGCUGGUGCCUCUGGCAUUGCUGGUGGGCUUGGUCCUGGGCCCCGGAGCCGGGGGAGCAGCCUUGGAGUUUGGGGGGGCGCCGGGGCAGUGGGCUCGCUACGCCCGGUGGGAUGCCAGUUCCUCCGGGGAGCUGAGCUUCAGCAUCAAGACCAACGUGUCCCGCGCUCUGGUCUUGUACCUGGACGAUGGGGGCAACUGUGACUUCCUGGAACUCUUGAUCUUGGAGGGUCGUUUCCGGCUGCGCUUCACCAUCUCCUGCGCGGAGCCAGCCAGCCUGCACCUGGAGACCCCCAUCAAUGACGACCGCUGGCACAUGGUACUCCUGACCCGCAACUACCGGGAGACCAUGCUGGUGGUGGACGGCGAAGCCCGGGUGGCCGAAGUCAAGUCGAAGCGGCGUGACAUGGCGGUGGAUAGCGAUCUCUUUGUGGGCGGCAUCCCGCCGGACGUCCGCUUGUCGGCCCUGACGCUCAGCACGGUCAAGUACGAGAUGCCCUUUCGCGGGAUGGUGGCAAACCUCAAAGUGGGAGACAUGCCCCCCGCCCUCCUGGGGAGCCAGGGCAUCCGCAGCGACAUGGAAUAUCUGUGCGCCAAGCAGAACCCCUGCGUCAACGGCGGGAUCUGCACGGUGGUCAACAGCGAAGUGCAGUGUGAUUGCCGCCUCACCGGCUUCCAGGGCAAGUUUUGCAGUGAAGUGAGCAAGGAACGGAACAACGGGCUGCGUCUGCACCAGCGAGAUAAGGGUACCUUAAAUAGCCAAGUAGGGUCCUUCCUGUACUCGGAAGGGGGGGCAGAGAGAACAGCCAGUGAGACCCCCCAGGCAUCAAAAGGGAAAGAGGAAUUCGUGGCGACCUUCAAAGGGAACGAAUUCUUCUGCUACGACCUUUCUCACAACCCCAUCCAGAGCAGCACCGACGAGAUCACCCUCUCCUUCCGCACCCUCCAGCGCAACGGCCUGAUGCUCCACACCGGGAAGUCGGCCGACUACGUCAACCUCUCGCUCAAGAGCGGCGCCGUCUGGCUGGUGAUCAACCUGGGCUCCGGCGCCUUCGAGGCUCUGGUGGAGCCCGUGAACGGCAAGUUCAAUGACAACAACUGGCACGACAUCCGUGUGACUAGAAACCUGCGCCAGCACGCAGGAAUUGGACACGCUAUGGUAAACAAACUGCAUUAUCUGGUGACUAUCUCCGUGGACGGAAUCCUGACCACCACCGGAUACACCCAAGAGGACUAUACCAUGCUGGGCUCGGACGACUUCUUCUAUAUCGGAGGGAGUCCCAACACGGCGGAUCUCCCGGGGUCUCCCGUCAGCAACAAUUUUAUGGGAUGCCUCAAGGAUGUGGUCUACAAGAAUAACGACUUCAAACUGGAGUUGUCCCGCUUGGCCAAGGAAGGGGAUCCUAAGAUGAAGAUCAACGGUGACCUGGUCUUCCGUUGCGAGAACGUCGCCGCCCUCGAUCCCGUCACCUUCGAGUCGCCCGAGGCCUACAUUUCCCUGCCCAAGUGGAACACCAAGAAGACCGGCUCCAUCUCCUUUGAUUUCCGGACCACCGAGCCCAACGGGCUUCUCCUCUUCAGCCACGGCCGGCUCCAGCCGCCGAAGGAGAGCCGAUCGGAGCGCGUGCACAAGGCCGAUUAUUUUGCCAUGGAGCUUCUGGACGGCUACCUUUACCUGCUGCUGGACAUGGGCUCGGGGGGCAUCAAAAUGCGGGCCAGCACCAAGAAAGUGAACGACGGGGAGUGGUGCCACGUGGACUUCCAGCGCGACGGGCGCAAGGGUUCCAUCUCGGUCAACAGCCGCAGCACCCCCUUCCUGGCCAGCGGGGAGAGCGAGAUUUUGGACCUGGACAGCGAGAUGUACCUGGGGGGUCUUCCCGAGAACCGCCUGGACCUCAUCCUGCCCCCGGAGGUCUGGACGGCCUUCCUGAACUACGGCUACGUGGGUUGCGUGCGGGACCUCUUCAUCGACGGCAAGAGCCGGGACGUGCGCCGCUUGGCCGAGGUGCAGAGCGUCUCCGGGGUCUCCAGCUUCUGCUCCCGGGAGACCCUCAAGCAAUGCGGCAGCUCCCCCUGCCACAACGGGGGCCUGUGCCGGGAGGGCUGGAACCGCUUCAUCUGCGACUGCCUGGGCACCGGCUACCUGGGCCGGCUGUGUGAGAGAGAGGCCACGGUGCUAAGCUACGACGGGAGCAUGUACAUGAAGAUCAUGCUGCCCACGGUCAUGCACACCGAGGCCGAAGACGUGUCCCUCCGGUUCAUGUCGCAGCGGGCGUACGGCUUCAUGAUGGCCACCACUUCCAAGGAGUCGGCCGACACCCUCCGCCUGGAGCUGGACGGGGGACAGAUGAAGCUCACGGUCAACCUAGACUGUGUCAGGAUAGGCUGUAACCCCAGUAAAGGGCCAGAAACUCUCUUUGCUGGCCACAAACUCAACGACAACGAAUGGCACACCGUCCGGGUGGUCCGGCGUGGGAAGAACCUGCAGCUCUCUGUGGACAACGUCACCGUGGAAGGGCAGAUGGCGGGCGCCCACACCCGCCUGGAGUUCCACAACAUCGAGACGGGCAUCAUGACGGAACGGCGGUUCAUCUCCAUGGUGCCCUCCAACUUCAUUGGCCACCUGAGCAGCCUGAUCUUCAACGGGAUGCCCUACAUGGACCUCUGCAAGAACGGCGACAUCAGCUACUGCGAGCUGAACGCCCGCUUCGGCCUGCGCAGCAUCAUCGCCGACCCGGUCACCUUCAAGAGCAAGGCCAGCUACCUGGCGCUGGCCACGCUGCAGGCCUACGCCUCCAUGCACCUCUUCUUCCAGUUCAAGACCACGGCCACCGACGGGCUCAUCCUCUUCAACAGCGGCAACGGCAACGACUUCAUCGUGGUGGAGCUCGUCAAAGGGUACAUCCACUACGUUUUCGACCUGGGCAACGGGCCAUCGCUGAUGAAGGGGAAUUCGGACAAGCCAGUAAACGACAACCAGUGGCACAACGUCAUUGUGUCCCGCGACACUAACAACGUCCACACGCUGAAGAUCGGCUCGCGCACUGUCACACAGCACUCCAAUGGCGCCCGCAACCUGGACCUCAAAGGGGAGCUGUACAUCGGAGGCUUGAGCAAAAGCAUGUUCAACAACCUGCCCAAACUGGUUGCCUCUCGGGACGGUUUCCAGGGCUGCCUGGCCUCCGUGGACCUCAAUGGCCGACUCCCAGACCUCAUCGCCGACGCCCUGCACCGGAUCGGGCACGUCGAGAGAGGCUGUGACGGCCCCAGCACCACCUGUACGGAGGACUCCUGCUCCAACCAGGGCGUCUGCCUUCAGCAAUGGGACGGCUACACGUGUGACUGUACCAUGACCUCCUACGGCGGCCCGGUGUGCAAUGACCCUGGCACGACGUACAUUUUUGGCAAAGGCGGGGCACUGAUUACCUAUAUUUGGCCCCCGAAUGACCGUCCAAGCACACGGGCUGACCGGCUGGCCGUGGGAUUCAGUACGCACCAGAAGAACGCGAUCCUGGUGCGGGUGGACAGUGCCUCUGGACUCGGCGACUACUUACAGCUGCACAUAGACCAGGGGACUGUGGGAGUCAUUUUCAAUGUGGGCACGGACGACAUCACGAUCGAGGAGAGCAACGCCAUGGUGAACGACGGCAAGUACCACGUGGUCCGUUUCACCCGGAGCGGCGGCAACGCAACGCUGCAAGUGGACAACUGGCCCAUCAACGAACGAUACCCGGCAGGGAACACUGAUAAUGAACGGCUGGCGAUUGCUAGACAAAGAAUACCGUAUCGACUCGGUCGAGUAGUAGAUGAAUGGCUACUCGACAAAGGUCGCCAGCUGACCAUCUUCAACAGCCAGGCCGCCAUCAAGAUCGGGGGCCGCGACCAGGGCCGCCCCUUCCAGGGCCAGGUCUCGGGGCUGUACUACAACGGGCUCAAGGUCCUCUCCUUGGCCGCCGAGAGCGACCCCAACGUGAAGGUGGAGGGCAACCUGCGGCUGGUGGGCGAGGUGCCGUCCGUCAUGACCACCGAGACCACGGCCACCACCUUGCUGGCGGACAUGUCCACCACCAUCAUGGAGACCACCACCACCAUGGCCACCACCACCACGCGGCGUGGCCGUUCUCCCACCAUGCGGGACAGCAUCACUCAGAAUUCAGACGACCUGCUGGUGGCUUCGGCCGAGUGUCCCAGCGACGACGAGGACCUGGAGGAGUGCGAGCCGAGUACCGGAGGUGAAUUAGUCUUGCCCAUAAUAACCGAAGACUCGCUAGACACCCCUCCAAUUGCCACGCGCUCUCCUUUUAUCCCCCUGCCUCCCACCUUUGGUCCCUUCCUAACCGUAAUCGAGACCACCAAAGAUACGAUCUCCCUCCCGGCUCAGCCGAAGCCCCCCUGCCUGGCCGAACAAGACGACAGCGACUGCGAGGAAGGCAUCGAGGCCUCGGGGUACGCCUCCGGGGAGGUCUUCGACUCCAGCCUGCCCCCCACCGACGACGAAGACUUUUACACCACCUUCCCCCUGGUCACCGAUAGGACCCCGAUGGGCCGCCCUGAGGCAGGAGCCGCCAAAAAGCCCCACGGAUACCGCCCCAACCUUAGGACAGGAUUGCCGGCAUCCCCCUCCGGCCCAGACCUCCUGAUCUCCUCCUCCACCACCUCUCCCACCCUGCUCCACCGCAUCCCCGCCGGCAAAAUGAACAACCGUGAGCCCUUCCGGCCCCACCCCGAACACUUCCCCCCUCUGGCCACUUCCUUCGAGCCCGACAAGCUCAACCGGCCCAAGUACCCCGUGAUAACCUCUUCCCCCGAUUUCCACAAUCUGCCCACAGCUAACCCCACCGACCCCGGGGAGAGGGGUCCCCCCGGCGCCGUGGAGGUCAUCCGGGAGUCCAGCAGCACCACCGGCAUGGUGGUGGGCAUCGUGGCGGCCGCCGCCCUUUGCAUCCUCAUCCUCCUCUACGCCAUGUACAAGUACCGCAACCGGGACGAAGGCUCCUACCAGGUGGACCAGAGCCGCAACUACAUCAGCAACUCGGCGCAGAGCAACGGCACGGUGGUCAAGGAGAAGCCGGCCGCGGCCCCCAAAACGGCCAGCAAAAGCAAGAAAAACAAAGACAAGGAAUAUUAUGUCUGA